GAAACUGGGUGUUGCCCCAUUUUUUUUUUUUUUUUUUUCAAGUCGACGGAAUCAAAGCAGCAGCAACACAGACGGGGAUUGGAGUUCAGUCUGCGCGAGCGCUGCAUAACGGCUGCUUCAUCGAGACAAUCCUCGUCAACCGGCUUUAAAACAUCCUUCAGAAACCGACACCAUGGGUGUGGAAGGUUGCACGAAAUGCAUCAAAUACUUGCUCUUCUUCUUCAAUUUCUUCUUCUGGCUGGCUGGUUGUGUAAUCUUGGGGGUUUCCCUCUGGCUUCGUCAUGACAAUAAAACAAGCAGUCUUCUGGAACUGAAGUAUGAGGGCGAAGAAGCACCCAGAACCUUCUACAUCAGUGUCUACAUCUUGAUUGCUGUCGGUGCUGUGAUGAUGUUUGUUGGAUUCCUCGGUUGCUAUGGAGCCAUACAGGAAUCCCAGUGUCUUCUCGGAACAUUCUUUGCCUGUCUGGUCCUUCUGUUUGCCUGUGAGGUGGCUGCUGGAAUCUGGGGAUUCAUGAACAAAGACAAGAUCUCCGAAGAGAUGAUCAAUUUCUAUGACUCUGUGUAUGACCAAGGUGAUUCAUCUACAGACAGUGAGCAAAAGCAGGCUGCUGUUACUGUCUUGAAGGUCUUUCAUGAGACUCUUAACUGCUGUGGAAAAGGAACCCUUUCAUCACUUGCUGAUAUUUGGGUCAAAAACAGCUGUCCUAAAGACAUGUUUAUUCCUGAAAGCUGUCACACCAAGAUCAGAGACCUUUUCUCUAACAAGCUCUAUUUGAUUGGCUUUGCUGCCUUGGUUGUUGCUAUUAUCAUGAUCUUCGAGAUGAUUUUCAGCAUGGUGCUUUGCUGUGGCAUCAGGAACAGCCCUGUUUACUGAAACAGAGGGGCAAGAAAAUACCUUUAAAACAUUAGCCAAAAAAAAAAAAUACUGUUUUAUAUCUACCAUCUCCUAUUUUGUUUUGUAUCUACCAUUGUUUCGUAAUGUAGUCAACCUAUCCAGUCCCUGGAGUCUCAGAAUAAUUUGUGUGCAUUUUUGUUCAAAUGUUGCCAUUGAACCACCAACAACUAGUCUGCUAUUGUUCACGCUGUAGUUGGCAAAGACCAGUUGAGAUCUGUAGACUUGCACACACACACACACAAACACAGAGAGAGAGAAAGAGAGAGUAUAUUAUCACAUGAAGAAUGGAUACAUUUUUUUGCUUGUAGUUUUUUUUGUGUUAACUGUUAAGUUCUGCUAUUGCUAUCGGUUAAUGUCAUUCUUUUCAUAUGUAAAUGUAUAAACUGUAUAUAUUUGCAGCCCUGUAUGACUCUUAAGCAUGAACCUGAUAUUGAACACUCGUGUCCAUCUUC